UACAAUAGAUGAUUUAAGCCCUAAGCUUUAAGAAAUUGGUCAAUCACAAUCAAAUUUGAAGAGAAUAAUCGACUGUGAUUGGUCAAUUUCUUAAGGCUUAAAGCUUACAACACCUAUUGUGGAUCGGGACUAAAGAAACAUAAAAACAGCAAAUUUUUUUUAAGGAUUGCCCGAAGCAUCUACUGCGCAUGUCAAAAAAUUUCUUAUACAUGCUAGUUUGAAUUGAAGAAGUUCGUUAUAGAUGUGCAAUGUUGUAUCUUAGUUCAGGUUGGAUAUUUACGGAUUAAGGGCGAGAAAGAAGGGAAGUACGUUAUUUCAGUUAGCAGAUCAUAUGAUGGUCACUUUCCGUUUGAAAAUAAAAUUCCAGGAGUGUGAUAUUUUAAUUUAAGAAGCUAUAAAAGUAAAAAUAACGUGAUAAUAACGUGCAACAAAAUCUGUGAUACAAUACAAAGAGUUUUUUGAUAAGUUAUACAAGAUGGAGUUAUUUCAAUCUGUGGAUAAGCAGACACGUUUUACACUGUUACUUGCUCCGUUCCAACCAACGAUAAGGAUUGAACUAGAGGCUUAUUUAAGUACUAUCAUGGAAUGCUAUUUGGACAUAAAAAAUCCAUCUGACAAGACAUUAAAUGUAACUGUGACAAAAGUACCAGAUGCAAAACGUCAGAUCACUCUGAAUGUGAACAAAUUAGAAAUCCCUGAACAGAGCAGUGGCACAGUAUCCAUCAGAUGGUUCCCUAUAGAAGCAGGUUGCUGGCGAGAUGUUUUACAAUUCACUGACAAUAGAAGAAUUAAGUAUGACAUUACUAUAGUGACAACUGCCAAGGCGAAUAAAGGAAAGACACAGAAGAGACCAUCGAAGAAAGCAACAUUAUCACAACUAUCUGUUUUUUCUGCACCCACUGUAAACAAACGACUUCAUCAAGGCAAUACAUUAUUAAGUAUUUCCAGCAACAUUGAGCAACCUUUGUUUGCCAAUGUCAAUAAACAAAUAAGAGAAGAUAAGCCAAAACAUGAGAACAGCUCGAACAAGGAGAAUAUCCUAAACAAAUAUCAUGAUGUGAAGAUUUAUACAUCGCGAGAGGACGACAGAGGCGCGAGACUUCAUCAUCAUGACUAUCACGAGCCAACGAAUAUUUUAUCUGAGCAGCAUUCAAACGUGUGGAGCGACGGGAGCGUGUUGUCGCAAUCCUUUCUCGCUUCAAGUGCGCCACAGGAGAUACGUAGAGCCACGUACGUUAAGGAGAAAAGGCACUGCAAUAACGUUACGACGAUAUACGAGCACAGUGAGGAGGUGGUUGAAGAUGUUGCAUGUGCCGGAAAUCAGAGCGAGUCGAAUUUCUCCAUGCUGAUAAACGAAUUGAAAUUCACAGCUACGAGCGUAGUCACGAUCUCCCCGCGACCUGUGAAGCAGGAAUCCACGGAAUCACUGAACGUCGAGGAAGCUCGCGACGAAAAAAACAAGACUUUCGCUGUCGGUCAUCAAACCUUCGAUGCAUCCGCGAUUUCUGUUCCAGAAGUCGUUUUGUCGCCGGUAACGCGACCCCUGGACUACUGCGAGUCGUCUUUUAAAGACGGAGUGAACAAUUUGAUCGCGUCGUCGCCGAUUCUUCAGCGAUCGCGCAACGAUGCACCAAGAACUGAACGUUCCGGGUGUUUUGUAGAUAAUGUAAAUUGCAACCCCCGAAUCGAUUGCGACUAUUUCAGUUGCGCGACUAUUCCUAGAGGAGACAUCGAAAUCGCCAAGAAAGCGGGUGAUGUUUACAUCGAGAUUUCCCCGCCGAGAAAAUACCACUCCAAGCCGUAUGCGCCGCUGUUUAAUGCGAAAAUCGGCAGAGUUACGAAGGAAAAGAAUUUGUGCAACGCAAAGGGACUCCAGCUGUUCACACCCGUUACGACAAAAAAGAUUCCGAAGAGAAGUGUACCAGUCAUCAAGAUAAACAAGUCGACUCUCUGCACCUUGCGCCAAGUGAAGAAAUGCAUCCCGUCAACUACGCGAGUAACGAAAUCGCAAGUCGAGGAAAUCUCCGUCUACGAAGUGUUCAUGCAGAAUCCCUUUACGUCAUCCAUGACGGAAAAUCCAUUUCUCAAAAACACGGCGAGCACCUUCAACGAGAAGUGGUUGUCGCGGCAAGAAGUAAUGUUUACAUUGUGGCUGAACACUGUGCUGUCUACGCCGAAAGACUUGCGCGUCAACAUCGAUAACGCGAUCACAGACACUAUUGAUAAGUGGCAAUCACGAAAGAAUCGUGACGAAGAGAUGGUUGAUAAUGAGCCAGCUGUAACUCAGGGAAUUGUACCCACCAGUCAUCACACGGCUAAAAGGUUGCAGACGUUACGAAAUGAUGCGUACGCCAUGCUUCAUCGCACCGAGAUCAAGGAAAUGAAAUUGCGCAUCGACAAGUGUGUCACCGAGGAGAUGUUGUACAUCAGACCGGAUCGUGAUUUACAUCGGGAUAUCAGCUUGCAGAAAGAUGUGCUGAACGUGUUUCUGUGCUACAAUCCAUUGUGGCUGCGCAUCGGCUUGGAGGCCGUGUACAACGAGAGCAUCUCCCUGCGCAACAACAAUGACCUGUUUGGCCUCACUCGCUUCCUAACCGAACGAUUCUUCACGAACCCGCAACUGACGAAGAUCCCAGGUUACCACAAGGCCAACCCGAACAAGAAGUUCCUUAAGGCGCUCAAUCAAUUUAUACUGAAAAAGUUUCUUCUCCUGGUAUACUUCUUGGACUACGCGAAGAAGCGCAAGUUGAUCGCCCAUGACCCAUGUUUGUUCCGCAAGCAGGCUGCGUGGAAGACAAGCCGCGAGAUCCUGUUAUGCUUCUCGCGCGAUCUCCUUGCCGGAAUCGGCGACGUGACGAAAAUCUUGCGCGUCUACAAUUACGUGCUAACGCAUCAGCAGACCUAUAUUGAUGAAUACGAGUAUGAGGUGACGGACAUACGACAAGACUUGCGCGACGGCGUACGACUGUGUCGCGUCGUCGAGCUGAUCACCGGCGUCGACGGGCUCAUUGGACAGUGCAGAGCACCGGCGAUCUCGCGUCUACAGAAAGUGCACAACGUGGAGGUAGCGUUAAAUGCGUUGCGUCAAGCCGGCGGAGUCCUCGCGGACGGCGUGGAGGCCAAAUACAUUGUCGACGGCAAUCGCACGAAGACUUUGUCGCUUUUGUGGCAGAUCGUUCACAAGAUCCAGGCACCGCGGUUCGACCAGGCAGCCUGUACGAUCCAGAGAUGGUGGCGGUCACGAGUAUGCCGCAUUCGCCUGAGGUAUUAUCUAUGUGCACGCAGAGAUUACGCGGCGAUCGUAAUUCAACGUGCGUGGAGACUGCGAUGCUCGAAGACAGUAGUCACCGAGGAACGAGUGAGCUUUUUGCGCGCCAAGAAAGCUGCGACAUACUUGCAGCGAUGGUGGAGACAAAUACGAGACAGCGUGCGCAUGAAGAAAUGCCGCGAAUUGGAAGAUAAACGUCGGAGAGCGGGGCUCACGUUGCAGAGAAGAUGGCGAGCCACAUUGCUGAUGAGGACAUACAACAAACGGUAUCGUGAUUUGAGGAAUGCCACUUUAAUGAUCCAGACGCGCUGGAGAACAAAUAGAAUGAUGAGGCUGCGGCGCGCAGAGCUACUACGAGCACGUGCAAACGCCGCAGUGAGAAUACAGUCUUGGUGGCGAUCCAGCAAGCUCAUGCGAGAAAAACGUGAAUGGUUCCUCCGCUGCAGGAGAAGCGUGGUCCUCAUCCAGAGAACGUGGAGGGUGUAUUAUAUGCGGGAACAAAAAAGACAGAACGCUUGCUUGAGAAUACAGACGUGGUGGAGAGCGGCGUUGUGUUCGCGCAAGUAUCAGCUGCAGAGAUUCUCCUGCAUGAAACUACAACGAUGGUGGCGAGAACGACAGCGUUACAUGACGCAGCGGCGGGCGGUGUCGCUGAUAAAAUCCUGGUACCUUCGCGUCAAGGCUGGGAGGAUCGCACGAGAAAACUACUUGCGGAUGAGGGACGCGGCAACGCGAAUACAGACCUGGUGGCGCGCAGUGUUACUUGCGCGUGAAGAACGCAGGAAAUACCAAAAACUUCGUCAGAAAAUCGUUAUCCUGCAGACUGAAUGGCGUCGACAUCUCGGGACCGCCCUGGCUUGUCGGGACCGCCAACGAUUUCUAGCAAAGAGAAUGGCAUGCGUUAUUUUACAGUCUUAUUGGCGAAUGAUCCGGAUCAAAAGAUGCUAUGAACGAUAUAGAAGCUGUGCGAUCACCGUACAAAGGAGGUGGCGCGCGAUCCAAGCUGGUAGCCUCGUUAGGAGAGAGUACGAAGACAUUCGGAAACGCGUGAUCCUCGUGCAGACUCUUUGGAGAACCUUUGUGGCGAGGAGACGAUUCGUCCGUUGUCAGAGAGCCGCAAUUGUUAUUCAGUCGUAUUACAGGAUGAGAAUCGCGGUGAGGUGGUUUAACGAUGCGAAAUGCGCCGCGUUGACGAUCCAGGUGUAUUGGCGUCGGUAUAGGCAGAAGAAGAUCGAGGCAGAAUCGUUGAGACAAAAGGAAGAUCUCGCUUUGAUCGUUAUGGACAUUCAGAAUGCGUAUAAAGAUAGUCUAUCAGCUCAGAAGGAAGUUGGCAGCAGUAUACUUCCGAGCAGCGAUUAUUGGGAACAAAUAAUCGACAUAUUGCGUACUUGUAAUAAUGUUGGGGCCUUGCUCACUUGUCUCAACAGUCUGGAUGCUAUAACGAAAUUAUCACCUACGAUUUGUGUGACCCUCUGCCAGCUGAACUUAGUCGACGAGAUUUAUAAAACAUUAAGUCAGCGCAACAGGUCGCAACCGUGGAUGACCGUCUGUCAGCGAGCAUGCAGUAUCCUCAUCACCCUCGCAAAAUACUCCUACACGAAGAUGUAUAUCGUCAAGCAAAAGCAUGCGCUGUUGUUAGUGAAGCUCCUAAGCGAUGCGUUGAAAGACAAGGAAGUAUUCUUGCACUGUGCCACUUUAAUAUGGCUCCUUAGCGAAGAUGAAGAUUACUUGAAGGCUAUGAUGACGCGUUUGGACAUCAACUGGCUGUUGAAAAACAUUCAACAGAAGGUCUCAAAGGCCACGACAAUAGCUAAAUUUAAAAAAUCAAAGAAACUCGAGAAACUAUAUUCCAACUGCGAGUCUGAUCAAGGCAGCACGCUCCAGUUCACUGAUAUGAAUGCCGCUAUUUCAGCUAUUAUCAAUAAGACCAAUACAUGUUAUUAAUUUUUAAGCGAUAAAUAAAAAAAAAAUACCCGCUAAAAGAUACAAAUUAAAAAACUGAUGAUCUUUCGACGGAAGCCGCAAAAAAGUCAAAACGAUUAAGUUUUCAUUCUGCUUUAAUAACCGACUCAUUCCUAAAAACGUGGCAGAACACUGACAACGAUGAUAACUUGAUUUAUGUGCGUAUGAUACAAUAAAAGAUAAAUUUAAUCUUUAUUUACAGUGCUACUCGCAAAUAAAAUUAAUAAUAAUAUAAUAAUAAUAAUGACGAUGAUGAUGAGAACGAUGACGACGACAACGAUAAUGAUAGUAAUAACGAUGAAAGUGACGACGAUAAAUUAUAACUGUGUAAUAGUAAUAAAACCGCAAUUAGCAACAGCAGCAGUAGACUCGAUAGUAAUAAUAAUUAUAGUGAUAGUUAGUCAUAGCGGUAGCAAUAAUUGUAUUUUCUUUGACUUAAUUAUCAUGUACAGACUUAAGUUCUUUGAUCUGUUUAAUCAGAUACGCCUUCUCAUCGUUGAACUGCUCGUCCUCGGAACGGUCCGUGUGGAAGCGCGUCAGGAACUCUAUCAGCUUUUCCUGAUUGCGGAGCAAUAUAUCCAGGAUCGGUUUCGGCUUGUUCGGAUUCGCGACAAAUACCUAAGCAGAAUCGAAAUCGUUGUUAACACUCUGCACCAUAGAUUGAUCUUUUUUAUCUAUACGGAAUAUAAUUGUAGGAAUCGAAGAAGGGAUCGUGGAUAGUUUUAUCACGGUACCGAAUAUUUAAAAAUUGGUAAAAAGUUAAUAAAAAAUUAAUACCAGCGCAAUGUACAUGUACGUGUCCAUACACCUGAUUUUUUACAUAGAUAUAUGGUUACAAAUACAUAUAUCUAAUACAAAAUAUAUAUUUGUAACUCUAUAUAUAAGUAACAAAUUACAAACUUGUGAAUUAGAUUGUACGGAGUGUUGCAUACCUUGAAAACAUGGAAAGCCUCGAACUGUAUAUUACGAGAUUUCUCCUUUAGCAUGUUCAUCAUCAGCUUUAAGUUAUCUGGAUUCGAUAUAUAUCGUGUCAUGACCUGGAACAUUUCCGGUAUAAAGAUUACUUCCAAUAAUGUGACCACAAGUAUACAUACGUUUUAUAUACGAUUUCUAUGUUUGUCAUAAUGUACAUCUUAUUGUAGUGAAAUGUUAUCGAAGAUUACCUACUUUAAAUAUCGUUGUUUAUAUUAUUUGAAUGUUUCUAAUCGUCGACAAAUUAAGCAAUCUCACUCAACUGCUUGGCAAUCAACUUGCCUUAAUAUAAGCGCACUUAUCUAACAUUAUAUGAACAAUAUUAUAGAUUAUACCUAUUAUUUUGUAAUUUUGUUUUACACAAAUGAUUCUUGUUUUCGAAAGCUUUUGUAUAUUAAUGUAAUAAAUUGUUAAUGAAAAAUGUAUGAUAAUAAAUAAAUUAAUAA